GAUCAGGAGCAUCAGUGGACAGGAGAGUAUUGUGUGCAGUGAGUAUUUCAGUUGAUUUAUCUGAAGAGUCUAGUUUGUCUUUCUGGUUCUUUCCCUGUUGUUAAUUGAUGAUGUUUUUUAUUCAUCCAAAAGUUCUCGACCGGACCUAAGAUCGACAACCAGCGAAUCAACAAGCAGCAGAUGUGAGAUGAAUACACUGUGGCUGCCGCUUCUCCUGGGCUCAGUCAUUUGGGCAGAGGAGCAGUACUUUCCUCAGUCAUACAAUGCCACAUGGGACGAGGGCAGACUUCACUGUCAAUCCUGUUUCAAAGAACUGACGACCAUCACCAGCAGAAACGUCCACCUCAUUGUCCAGGACCCCUCUUUCGACUCCUGGGUUGGACUACGCAAGAGUUACAAUGGCUCCUUCCCAUGGGCCAAAUGGUCCAAUGGGGAUCCUGUUAGAUAUCAGAAUUGGUACCCUGGUCAUCCUGUUCCAAACAAAGAAAAGAAACUAAUUCCUAUAUGUUCCUCAACUACACAAAGUCCACUGAGCACCCUAAUUACUACCCAAAAAUCGACCCCAAUGACCUCAACACAAACCUCCACAGUCACUUCUGCUUCGGUAUCCUCAACAUUUCAAACAAACAAAGAAAGUGAUACAUGCCCCAUACUGUCAGAAAUGCUUUAUUGCCUAAAUAUGUCAUGUGAUGAUCUUGAAAGUGCCAUGACUAUUUGCAAUAGAACAACAAUUGCUACCCCUGAGACUACAACAUACAGCACCACCCCUAAAGUCACAACAUUAAGCACCACCUUUAAUGCUGCAACAAAUGGCACAACAACUGAGAGCAGCACCACCAGCAACUGCAUCUUUGAACCUGAGCCAGAUCCUGAAGAGUACAUCGAGGAUGCUUGUGUGGUCCUGCUCAGCUUCGGCAUGUGGAAGGAAGAAGACUGCAACAGAAAACUACCUUUCAUCUGUUAUGAAGAGCGCUUUUUUGGCCAGAUAAACAUUUCCAGCGUGACCACAAGCACAGGCAAAGUGAGCUGGUCUGAGGGACCCGGAGCUAAGAACAUCAGUCACUACAGAGUGGAGGUCACUGGGAACAAAACCCAGACAUUUAACCAGACUAAACUCUUUCAGAACAUAGACACUCUGACAGCAGGAACUCUGUACAAAGUUCAGGUGUUUCCUGUGAAAUGUGACAGGGAUCUCAAUCCACAGAAUAUCUCCUUCUACACUUUGCCCUCUGGUGUGCAAAAUCUGAUUGUGGUGAGUGUGACAAAUGUUAGCGCCAACCUCAAGUGGAGUAAACCAGAUGGAAACCAUGACUUCUACUCAGUAACAUUCACAAAUGCAUCGAACACUAAAGAUCACAAGUGUGAUAAUGAAGAGUGCACUAUUACCAAUCUUAUUCCAGGAACAGAGUAUGAAUUUACAGUUAAAGCUGUAGUGAAUGAGACGAUUGGAGGUGUGCCGAGCAACGUUUCUGAUUACACCAAGCCUUCAACUGUCAGGAACCUAAGAUCAGCAGACAAUGACAGUACAGUCAUAAUGGUCUUUUGGGAUCCUCCUACUGGCAGUCAUUCAGGUUACCGCUAUUGUCUUAAAGAAGUCAAUAACCGCUUCGAGUGUACUUACUGCAACAUCGCAUCAGACAGCAGCAAUACAGCAAACAACAACAUCACAAACAGCAGUAAUACAACAACUUUCAGUAUUACAGACUGCGAAACAGUGGAUGGAACAGAAACAUUUAUCAAAAAGGCUAAUAAAUCAGACGGCAGCAUGUUUUGUCUGUGUGUGGCAGCGCUAACAAAGAGCAACACUCUGUCAGGAGAAAUGAUUGGAAUCGUAGCAUACACACGCCCAAAAUCUGUGGACCUCACUUUAAUACCUUCCCUUAAAGAAAUGAAUGCCACCUGGGAAAUAAAUGGGAAUUAUGAAAAAUUUGAAGUGACAAUUACAAGUGCUGAUGCAAAGUAUAAUCAGUCAUAUACUACUACAGACAAGUUUUACACGUUCAGGAAUCUGAAGGCAGGAGUGUUUUACACUGUUUCAGUUGUCACUCUUAAUGGUGACCUUAGAAGUUCUGCUGCUAAUAAAUCAGAUUACACCCGUGAGUAAUCAAUACAUUGCCAUCACUAUUUUUCAGAUCAUUUUUCCAGUAGUUUAAAUCACUGUCUUCAUCAUCUUUCAAGUUCAGCUGUAUAACAUCUCACAAAUUAA